GCGAACGAGGCCGCGCUAGACCCCGUCGACUUGCCAGUUGGCCCAACAGUCCACAGGCGAAAGCAACGCCGCUAGCCGCACCACGCGUGAGAGGCUGCCCACGCACGAGGCCGCAGUCCCCACACGCCCGCCGCCGCGCCGCGCCGCACCAACAGCGGGUCAAAAAGGCCCCGCAGCGCGUCAAACAGGACCACCCAAGAACUACCAGCACCAGCGGAUCAAGCGCAACGCCGCCGCAGCGCACAGCACCAUGCCCUCGCGCCAGGAGCACAAGAACGCGAGUUCCUGCAUGAGCGAAGCGCUGACCUGGGGCCGGCCCGCCAAGCGCCAGUGGAUGACCGAGUCGAGAGCGUCGACGCGCUACACGGGAGUACCCGUAGGCAACAGCCAGGCCGCUAGGGAGUACGACGAGAACGCGGAACGACUCACAAACCCCGAGAAAUAUGCGGAUGCACCUCUACCUGCCUUCAGCCCGAAGACCGUCACCAGUGAACAACCGGUGGAAAUAACCGUCAAGCAGCCCAUCGUCAUGCUCGAGCCGGAAGAAAGUAUAGAGGAACCCCUCCCGAAGGCGUCUCCAAAAAAGCCCAUCUUCCACUGCUUCGGCAAUGGCAACGUCGAGCCCGCGGCCGGGGGUGUCUUGUGGGGCGGCUACAUGCAGACGCGGAACGUCAAGUGCCAGGCCAAAGAUAGGAAGGAGGUGUCUCGCCAUGCGUUGCGGGCGGCGAAUCGACGGAUCGGGUCGAAAUUGGCCGCGCUGUCUCCUCCUCGUGCUAGGGUACCGCCGUCGCCCCAGGUCGUCUGGACGAGGAGGGCACCUACCCUGGAACGGGCGCCGCCGCCGCCUCCUGUACCAGAAAUGCCGCCGCCGCCGCCAUUGCCGCCGGCGGGUCUACAGAGUCAAGGUUGGUCCGAAGGUGGUACUGCUCUGGCGCUGCGGUGGGUCGCCUAGUUUUGUUGGGAGGGGGUGUAAGGGUCGUCUCGAGGAG